AUUACUAUUAUCCGAGCCCUAGUGAUGAUGAAAUACUAUCACCAUCACUUCUCCUGAAAAAACCGACUAAACGGAUUCACGAAAAUAUUGAUUCAUAUUUUGAAACUCCCUCGAAGAAAUCUAAGAGCAAAACAUUAUCUUCGACGGUCGGGCGUGCUGCCUGCGGGGGUAUUUCAUAUAUAUCCACCAAUGAAGACGACGGAUCUAAAGCGUCACACCUCAUAAAAAUUGAAAUGUACGAUAUGAAAAAAUUGAAAGAUUUACCACCCAGCGAACAUUGGAAAAAAGCUGAUAUGCGAAUCAAGCUGUAUUGCACCUCUGAUCAUAUUCUUUUCCAUGAUACUAAUCAACUCAUGUUUUCUAUAACAAAACAAAUAGCUACAAAGACAGAUUGCAAAAAAUAUUUUCUCGAGACAUCGAAGUAAAAAUAAUAAUGUACCACGACCCCCGGCGCACAGACCACACACAACUGCUACACUACCGAGACGCCCCUCUAUUUCCUUCGUACUAUAUAAACACGCGACAUUGAACUGUGACUACACUUCCCUUCUCAAACUCAGCUGCAAACAUGGAUCUCUCUCUCGAUUCGUCAAGCUACGAUGCAGAGCUACUGAAGGCUUUAGCUGACUACGAAAAUCAGGAAACAUUAACUGGAAAUGGAAGAAAAAGAAAAUGGGGUGAUGUCAUCACCCCUUCAACGUCGGCCGCUGCAACGAACAACGACCCCUCCCAGGCAGCCCUCCAGGCAACACCUCUAGAAGAAGAUACCCCUCCAGGCAACAAAAUUAAAUGUGAUGCGUGUCAAGUUCACAUUGGGAAGAGGUACUUUUCACGUCAUUUAAAUAGCAAAUUACAUAGGGAAAAGGUUUUAAGAAACCAUGAAACAUUAGAAAAUGUGAAAAUAAUUGAAAGCGCAUUUGGACAACGAGUGAAAUCCUAUCGUAUUCAGCUCGACUCAUCUAAUUUAAAUAGUUCUGUAUCAACAGAUUGUGUAAUAACACCCGAGGUAUACUUCGAAAAAAUUAAAAAUAAAAUAUUUAAACUACUAAUGGAUAACAUAGAUUGCCAUUCAUUCAUCAAAGUAAAUUUUGUUUUACACGCAGAAUUCAUUCAAAUCACUAAAGACUUAGUUAAUUCUUUCGAUUUCCAGGGGUAUAAUUAUAGUUUUUGCAAGGGGGAUGAUAUUGAGUUAGAUUUUGAACAAGUUGUUGUUGAGUUUUCCAACAAAUUAGGCGAAUUCGAAAAAAAGGACAGUGGAUGGAGUCUAAAAAAAAUCUUAUAUGUUGAUAUGAACGUAAAUAAAUUUAAUCCAUUGCGGGGCUCAUCAUAUAUUGAUUUACCAAUUGAUAUCAAACAUAAAAAAGCAGUACUAAACAUAAAAAACUCAGAUUAUGAAUGUUUUUCGUGGGCAGUGUUAGCGGGGUUAUACCCCGUAAAUAAAAAUGCAGAGAGAGUGGCAGCAUAUUUACCCAACAAAAACAAAUUAAAUUUUGGUGACAUAAAUUUUCCAGUAAAACUACGAGAUGUGAAAAAAUUUGAAAAUUUAAAUAAUAUGAGCAUUAAUGUUUUUGGAUUAGAAUACAAUAAUGAAACAAAGAAAAAUGAAAUCAUAGGCCCCUUACAUUUUACGAAACAUCGAAUGCCUACUCAUCUAAAUUUAUUAUAUUUAACAAAUGGCUCGAAUGGUCAUUAUUGCCUCAUAAAAAACAUGUCUCGAUUACUUAGCAAGCAGAUAACCACAUCAAAUGAAGCAAUUCAUAUUUGUGAUGGGUGUCUUUUACAUUUCUCAAACAAAGAGCAUCUCAAUCUGCAUCAAAAAAAUGAUUGCGUUAAUAUACGAACUGAAUUACCUAGUGCACGAAACACAAAACCCAACUGGUUUGGAGAGCACACGAGUAGUGAUAAGUUAAAAUUCGAUAAAUAUGACAGACAGAUGAGAGUGCCCUUUGUGGUGUAUGCAGACUUUGAAGCGUUUGUUACGCCAAUACCAUCAUGCGAUAAUGAUCCCGAGAAGUCGCAUACAAAUAACAUUCAAAAACAUAAUGUUUACAGUUUCGGUUACUAUCUAAAAUGUGCGUAUGAUGAUAAACUUUCCAAGUACCAAACUUAUAUGGGUGAAGAUUGCCCUAACGUAUUUCUAAAAUAUUUAAAAAAAGAUUUAGAGCUCAUAACUAAAAAAAUUCUUUUGUUAAAUCACCUUUGCCAUUGACGGAUGAAGAUAAACUUAAUAUAUCUCAAAGUCAACAGUGCUAUAUUUGCAGUAAAGAUUUAAAUCAU